UGACGUCCUUGAGGCUUGCUCGUGCUCACUGGCGGGGGCGCGCCGCAGGUAGUAGCCCCGCCCCCUUUCCUGGUCUCGGUCGUCCUGUCUUUUCACACACCAGGCAGGCAUUGAACGUCCGGUCCCGGUGGAGCGGCCGCAGCGGUAUCUGCAGAACAACCAGCCGACUUCCUUCUUCUCAAACCCCCAACCCGCUGCCUCAGGUUUCUUCACCGACCUCUGAACGUGCUGGUCCAUGGGGCGCUUGAAAGGUGAAAGUUCAACACUCGGACGGCCAGAAGUCUACCAAGGGGAUGAUGGGAACGCUUUUGAGUCUGCGUCAUCGCCGUCCCCAAAAGAUGGAGCCCAUUCGGAUUUCCCGGAUUAUUUCUCCCGCUCGCAUCUGGAAGUAAAUGUCGUCUUGCACCAGGAGAUUCUCACCGUCAAUUAGUCGUUGAAAUCCGCGCCGAGCGGGCGAUGCUCAAAAUGGCCGCCCGGACGACACAGAGUUGAGACGCGGGCGCUCCGUCAUGUCCUGGAAAAGGAACUACUUUGCGGCGGGCGGCGGUGGUGGUGGCGCAGGCGUGGCGGGGCUGGCAGGAGGAGGAGGAGGCGGCGCCGGCGGCGGGCCGGCCGGGAUGGCGGCCAUGUUGACGCCUCGCACCGUGACCUCCAUCGCGCCCAGUAAAGGGCUGAGCAACGAGCCGGGACAGAACAGCUGCUUCCUCAAUAGCGCCCUGCAGGUCCUGUGGCACUUGGACAUUUUCCGCCGCAGCUUCAGACAGCUGACGUCUCACAAGUGCAUGGAGGACUCGUGCAUCUUCUGCGCUCUGAAGAAUAUCUUUGCUCAGUUCCAGUACAGCAGCGAGACGGUGCUGCCGUCGGACGCGCUGCGCAGUGCCCUCGCCAAGACCUUCCAGGGCGAGCGGCGCUUUCAGCUGGGCAUCAUGGACGACGCGGCCGAGUGCUUCGAGAACAUCCUGACGAGGAUCCACUUCCACAUCGCCGACGAAUCCAAAGAAGACAUCUGCACGGCCGGGCGUUGCAUCCCGCACCAGAAGUUUGCCAUGAUGCUCCUGGAACAGUGUGUGUGCAGCAGCUGCGGCGCAUCUUCGGACCCGCUGCCCUUCGUUCAGAUGGUCCAUUACAUCUCCAGCACCUCCCUGUGUAACCAGGCGGUGAAGAUGCUGGAGUCCCGACACAACGCCACCCCGGCAAUGUUUGGGGAGCUGCUGCGGAAGGCCAGCAUGGGCGACCUGCGCGAUUGUCCCAGUCAGUGUGGCCAGCAGCUGCGGAUGGCCCGCGUCCUCCUCAACAGUCCGGAGAUCAUCACCAUCGGCCUGGUGUGGGACUCUGAGCGCUCCGACCUGGCCGAGGACGUCAUUCACACUUUGGGAACUUGCCUGCGCCUGGGAGACUUGUUUUACAGGGUGACAGAGGAGAAGGCCCGGCAGGCGGAGCUCUACCUAGUGGGCAUGGUGUGUUACUACGGCCGCCACUACUCCACCUUCUUCUUCCAAACCAAAAUACGACGCUGGAUGUACUUUGACGACGCGCGCGUCAAGGAGAUCGGGCCCAAGUGGAAGGACGUGGUGUCGCGCUGCAUCAAGGGCCACUACCAGCCCCUCCUGCUGCUGUACGCCGACCCCCGCGGCACGCCGUUGCCGUCCCAGGACGCGGCGCCGCGGCCGGGCGUCAACAAGCCGUGCUACGACAGCGACGACUCGGGCCGCGAGCCGUCCAUCUCCAGCGACACUCGCACAGACUCCUCCACGGAGAGCACCUCCUCCCGACAGCCCGCGCCUUCGCGCCAUGAGCCCCCGGCCUCUCGACCCCCCCCGGGCCCACCCACAGGCUCCGUUCGCCCCCGACGCCCCGCCGCGCCGCGCCACGCCUCGCUCUGCAGUCUGGAUGCCAUAGGUGGGCGAUUCACUUUGGAGCGCGGGUGCGGCUGGCCGCCAAUCACCGCUCGCCGGCCGCUAAACGCCGCGUCGCCGCCCGUGCUACGUCGUCGCCAAGGCUACGCGGCGGGGGCCGCCGAGCGGCGGCAGACUCUGAGGACGGGAGGAGGCCCCGCCCCCGCCCCGGCCCCGGCUCGGGACAGGAGGCGCGGCUCCGGCCGCCUCCGCAGAGCCAAAGCGGACCACGAAGCCCCUUCGGCCGGUUACCACAGCGAGGGAGAGACGCUGAAGGAGCGGCAGGCCCCUCGCCAGGCCCCCAAAUCCUCCUCCUCCUCCUCGAGCAGCCGUCUCCGUGACUUGAGGGAAAGCGUGAGCAACAUGCUCCACGGCCGAACGCUCUCCACCUCCUCUCUGCCGGCCGCCGGCGUCGUCUCCUCCGCUAGCCAGGCGACCUCCUCGUCCGACCCUCACGACCGGGAGGCCGACGGCGACUCCAAAUCCGGCUCUGCGGGGGCCACGGCGAGGUACCGGCCGGCGUGGAGGCCCCGCAGGGAGGCGCUCAACAUCGACAGCAUCUUCGCGCGGCGCAGGCAGGGCGGCUACAGCCCGCUGGCCACGCCCCAGCUAGGCGCCGCCUUGCUGAGCCAGCAGGAGGCGACGGCGAGCUCCUCCAGAACGCUCCCCGCCGCCGCCGCCGCCUCCCCCAGGGAAGCUUACACAAUUCGAGGGCAGCCGGCGCCACCUCCGGGGCUGAUCCAGAGGAUGGAGAGCGGAUACGAGAGCAGCGACAGGAACAGCAGCAGCCCCGUCAGCCUGGAGCUCAACUCGCUGGAGCGGGAGAGUGUGACCGGGCUUUCAUCCUCUUCCGGACCGUCGUCGUGCAAGACCGCGAGAUCCAAGAGUGACGGAGCGCUGCUGCAGGACGUCAGCUCGGCCACUAGAGGGAGCGCCGGCCGCAGCGAGCUGGACGAGCUUCAGGACGAGGUGCUGAGGAGGGCCCGGGAGGAGGAGUGCCUGCGGCAGCAGGAGAAGGACAGGGAGGCCAAGCUCGAGUUCAACCCCAGACCCAGCAAGUACCUGGACCUGGACCAGCUGCAGAUCCAGGGCAAAGGCGACGGUCUUGAUCGGUGCCUGUCGGAGGCGGAGCUUCUGCUGGACCAGUCGGUGCGUCUGGAAAAGGCGGGCGAAGUCGCCGCCGCCCUCUCGGCCGUCAACGAAGCCAUCUCUAAGCUCGGGCUGGCGAGUGAGGGCUGCUCUCGCGCUCACGGUCGACUGCAGCGUGGCAUGAGGAGGGCGCGCGGCAGGCAGCAGCGGCUGCUGUUGCUACUGCAGCAUCAUCAUCAUCAUCAUCAUCAUCAUCAUCAUCAUCUUCAUCGUGACCAGCAGCAGCUGCCCAGUGAAAAGCCUGUCUCGCACCAAAUAUUUCUGACGGACACUUGUGACGACCAAUCGGCGUCCAGCCAGGACCGGCAGGGCCCGCCUCUCCCUCUUCCAUCUCCCCCACCUCCUCGUCCCAUCACGGACGUGGCCUCCCACAACGGCUCUUCUUAUGAGCCCGCCCCCUUCGCCGCACCCGCUCCGACGCGCGACUCCACCAACGGCAGGUCAGCUCCUGCGGCGGCGGUUUCUUUGGCUCCAGGCCCCCCGAGAGAGAUGAAGUUACCGGGUCUCCCUGAGGGGGGCGUUGCCGCGCCGCCCACGCUGCCAUCAGAGUUCCCAUCCACCCCAAGUUCAUAUUCCGCGUUGCUGCCGCCUGACGCGGCAAACAACCCGAUGGAGGAGGAGCGGCUUUAUUCCUCCAGACCCCCCAGCGGGAAAUGGUCCGACUUACAGUCGGACCAUCGUUCCGCCACUCAACCAAUCAACCCGUCGGGCCUUUACAAGCGCCCACCCGCGCCCGCCGCCAGCGGCCCGGUUGCGUCUUCCUCUUCCUGCGCCGAGGGCGGCGGAGACUCGCUGCCCGUGGAGCGCUGGGCACAAAAUGUCAGCAGAUACUACGGCUCCCGCGACGCGCCAGAAAUGGGAGGAGGCGCGUGCGCACGGCCGCCCCCGGCUGAGGAGCUUUCAGAACUGGACUUUCUGUACCGGGCCAGCUUGCUGGCUCCCGACGUGCACGGCAGCGCCCCGAGCCACAAAGCAGGAGCGAGGAGAAUCCCGUUUGGAUCGCGGCGCUCCAAAACGCCCACGGCCGAGAUGGAGAGACACGCCUACAGGACGCCCGUGAUGCUCGCCCCCGAGUGUCCAGACGGCGCGGACGAGAGCUACAGCGCAGAAAACCUUCGCCGCAUCGCUCGAAAUCUGAACAGCAACCUGGGCCCCGCCGCAGGCUCAGUGUCGGUGUCCGGUCGCUCCCCUUCCUCGUCAACCCUCCCCCGGCCCCUCACCGCCUCGUCGUCGUCCAUCGGUGCUCCGUCAUCGUCCUCCCGUCGCCUCCGUCACGGCGUCCAGUCGGCUCUCGCGCCUCCGCCGAGCUCACGGCCGCCUGGCUCAGGCCCCCCAGGACCCGGACGGCGGUUCCACGGGGACGACGGAGAAGCGGCAGUUCCGCGUGAGCGGCGCGCGGGUGUCCCCCCGACGUACGGGACACUUCCCCGCGCUCCCCAUCGUUCCUCCGCCUCCUCCUCCUCGUUGCAAAGAGGGGGUGCCGCCGCCGCCCCCCCUCACAGUCUUUACGCCACCUUGUCUCGUCCCGGCCGUCCCGGCCGUCUCGGCGGCUUUGCCCUUCAGCCCCAUGUGUCUCCGGGCGAAGGAGGGGCGGGGGGCGGCCCGGCCCGGCCGCUGCGUCUGGACGUGCCCCCCGACGGCGACUGGCGCCGCGGGGGGGCCGGCGCGGAGAGGAAUCCGGCCGGCCUGCUGCGCCAGACCCCGCGACCCAUCUGCUCGCUGUGCCGCCAUCUUCCCGCCGACUCGCCGCGUCCUUUCUGCCCCCCCUGCGGCGCCCACGUGGCCCGCCACCGCCCCCCGCCAUGACGCUUUUCAAAUGUGCCUACCAGGAAGUUUAAGUUUGCAACAGCGGCUGGCCUGCACUUGACUUGACUUUGGACCACCAAGACCAGCUUUUCUCCACCUCCCUCCUCCAUUUUGGUCUUGAUGAUGAUCAUCAUCAAGACCAAAAUGGAAACUUGGAGACUUUUUGAUGAUGAUGAUGAUGAUGAACAUCAUCAUCAUCAUCAUCAAAAAGUCUUACACAGAAAGCCAAACUGGGACACUUCAAGUUUCCUCCCACCUGAAGGCAUUUUUGGCCCCGAUUUUCAAUCGGCAAAGAGAGGCCUUCGUUUGUUGUUGUAGUCGGCGGAUAUGCGAAAUAUCGUAAUCUGCACCUCAUCCAAAACGCUCUCGGUAGUUUUUGCUAGCAAGUGGCCUUGUGGUUGAUGACAAUGCCGCUAAAACAACAGGCCCAACGCCGGCCAAAGACUUUAGCAGAGCGCCGUACUUGCAAUUAGCCGCAUGGUCUCGCGUAGAGCACCGCAAGCUAGUUUUCGACAAGUCAAGUUGGAGUGUUUAGAUUUGAAGCUUCGAAACAGAGUUGCGGCUAAUCUUGAGCAUGUUUUCCUCUUCCCGUCUAGCCUGCGACACGACACAAAUAGAAAUGUCUAAAGAUCGCUCUUUCUCGCCAUAUGUGUACCCAUUUAGGACUUUAUGUACCAAGAAUGUAAGCGUUGCACCUAGCGAGUGUCUUUGUUGUACUCGACUUCCUCGGCCGGUGAGGAAGAAAGUCGGGUGUGAUUUUGAGACCUUUGUUGUACUCGCAGCAAGCCAACAGCCCAAACACACAAAAAUAUUCUUCAGAAUGAGCAACUGAAGCCUUUUUUGGUGGUUUGUUUGCUUGCUGCUGACUCGGUUCACUUUUAGUCAAAAAGUUUUGGUUGGAAUGAGCUUGUUCUAUUUUUGCUGCUUAUUUUUGUACUGGGUAGAAUUAACACGAUUGAAGUGUUCCAAAGAGGAAA